AUGCUUACAUGGCAAAAAUAUGAUUCUCUUAAAUUAGUCGAUAUCUGGAGUGCAGGUUGUAUUUUUGCUGAAAUGUUAGAGGGUAGACCACUGUUUCCUGGCAAAGACCAUGUUCAUCAAUUUUCCAUCAUCACCGAGUUACUUGGCACACCGUCAGAUGACGUCAUUCAAACAAUCGGUAGCGAAAACACACUACGAUUUGUACAAUCCUUGCAAAAACGUGAAAAAGUACCAUUCUCUCAGAAGUUUACCAAUGCAGAACCUGAAGGUAAUCAUAUACUUUUCGUCUUGGUAAAAUUUUUGAACAAUUUAUGUUUACUUUUGAAAUUUCAUGUAGCGUUGGAUUUACUUGAAAGAAUGCUUGUAUUUGAUCCGAGAAAGCGUAUUACUGCUACAGAAGCUUUGGCGCACAAAUAUUUGGAACCUUACCACGAUGAAUCAGAUGAACCUGCGGCAAGUGAAACUUUCGAUUGGUCUUUUGAUGACACAGACCUUCCUGUUGAUGAAUGGAAAGUGAUGAUGUACAAAGAGAUUUUGG